AUGAACCCCAAUUGGAACAGUCAGGGUUCCUAUCCCCAAAAACAAGGCGCAAACAUGCAAAUCAGUCGCGUUUUGGCCCUUCGAUCGCCACAGGAGGUCCCGCCCGGAUCCUGCCCGAACUUUGCAUACGAAAUGAGCUGAAGCCAGCCUAUAAAUGGUCCGGGCUAGAAGAUUAAGAAUCGCUUCGACAUGACUUCUUCCUUUUUCGAUUCCAUUCUGGUCCCUUUCCUGAUGACGACUUGUGUGGCGGUCCUCUGCGGGGGCGGCUAUUUCCUGCUCCAAACCAAAUCGGAGCUUGAUAUGCUUCGGCAGAACUUUGAUCACGAAGUCGCAGGAGUCAAGGUUGGGUUUUUUUUUCUGUGUAAAUUCAGAGGAAACAUAAAUAAUUUUUAAAGGAAUUUUGAUCAAGUUGAAGCCAUUUUUGACCUCACUGAAAAGAAAGAAUGGACUCCUUUCAUAUUUUGUGGAGGAAAAGUUGGAAUAUGUCAGCUUUUUGUGCCGAAAAUUUCUCAGGGAUCAUUUUGGACGUUUAGAUAACCGCACGGCUUUUUUUUACGACGCCCCGCCCAUAUUUCCAAAUUUUUUUUCGUAAAGUGUAGUGUGUCGUGUGCAUACACUGCGCCGCAUUCGCACAUGCCGCGUUAAAAUUAAUUUGAAAUCAUUUCUGAACUUCCGAAAUUCAGAAAUGAUUUUGAAUUUCGCGGAUUCACUCUGAAUACGGCAAAGAAAAUUUGCGUUUUUUUUUUUUGAAAUGAGAAACCGAUUCGUCUCAUGACCAAUUGAACAUGCGCCUUUAAUAUUGCCGCUUGUCUCCCAUGACGUCACAUAGGACCGGCGGAUUUUGGGCUCCCUUCUUAUUACUAUCAUUACUUUCUCAAAAAACCAGGUGUUGAUCAAAGCCUUUGAAAAUGUUCAAGAAAUAAGUGAGAGUUCUCAGUUUUGCAAAAUAGUUUCCAAAAACGGCGGAUAGCAUGUUGAACAACGUAAAAAAGGCCUUUUCAACUUGUCGACUUAUUUCUGAGCGUUUCGAAGCUUUUAUUUCCAUCGAAAUGAUCAUUUUGAGGGAAAGCUGAACUUAGAGCUUCGGAAUCCUAUUACGUCAUUUGUGGGAUCUCUUGAAGCCCUAUAUCAUUAGAAAGCCAAAAAAAAAAAUGUAACUUUUGUCAUCAAAAAAAGCAUUUUUCAGGUUCUCACCGAAUCAACCUGGCAAGACCUCCGAAUCCUCGCCGCCAGCAAACCGCAGCCGAAAAGAGACAAACGCCAGAGUUAUUAUGAACCAACAAGUGAUGGAUAUUCCAUGCCGGCUCUAGCGGUUGAAGCGGCUCCGCCCGCUUUUUCUCCGGAAUGCAGUGGGUUUUCUUUUUAGAAUGACUUGUGAACCUUAAAGUUCAAUUUCAAUAUUCUCAGCUUUAUUACAGUUAGGCUCUAUAUAAUCUGGAUUUUUUUGAAUUUAUCCUUUAGCCUUUUUAGUCAGAAUAUGAUGUAUUUUGGGUGCCUUGAACCCAUUUUUAACCAGUUUUAUAUAGGUAAAAAGGCAGUUCUAGAGUCGCUUCUAAAAUCUUUAAUCGAUGUAUCUGAUAAUUCUCAGAGCUCAAGCUACUCGAGCUUUUUCAGACUGCAACUUCAAAUCGAACUGCCCAGCCGGACCACCAGGACCGAAAGGAAAACCGGGAUUGGCUGGGCCGAAUGGGAUCGAUGGAGUUCCUGGGAAUAUUGUUCGUCUUGAAAAUUUUUUACAAAGUCUUUUCUGUGCCCUUUUUGUGUCUAUCUGACCUCCCUGGUGAGUGAAAAGAGGGUGCAGACAUGUCAGACUGUUUCUAGUCGUACUGUAUUUCAUAGAAGCUCUAUUUCGUUAUAUCUUGCUAGACAAGGUAGUAGUUGAAUUAAAAUAUUUAUUUUAUCUUAAUAUUCUUUUUUUCGUGUCCUUCUAAUCUCUCUGGUGAGUGAAAAGAGGGCGCAGACAGGUCAGACUGUUUCUAGUCGAACUGUAUUUCAUAAAACCUCGAUAUUUCUAGGGUCAUUCUUCGGAUGACGUUCACGACGUCUACAUCGAUCUUGGCUGCACCCAUUGUCCGGCUGGAGAAAUGGGACCUCCCGGGCCUCCGGGAGCUACUGGUUCAUCUUCUUUCUCUAUCCUUCUUUCGGGACUUCUGAUUUUCUUCUUGUUUCAGGACCUCGCGGUCAGAACGGGCAGCAUGGAACGCCUGGCUCUCCCGGAGCCAACGGAAUGCCCGGAAGGAAUGGAGAAUCGGGAGUUCCUGGCCCGGCAGGUGAACAGAAAAAAAUGUAUUCAGAAAAUACUGGGGAAUUUUUUUUAGUGGCCACUAUAGGGUUUUGAAGUUUUAGUGUCCACUAUAAUAGUAAAAUUAGGGGCCAAUUAAGGGGUUGAAAAUUAGUGGCCACUGUAGGGUUUCGAAGUUUUAGUGGCCACUUAAGGAGUUAUAAGUUAGUGGCCGCUAUAGAGGUCUAAGUGCUACUACUACACCACUAAAAGUUUUAGUGGCCACUUUAGGGGUCAACAUAACUGGUCCAAUCUGUUUGUUUUAAAAUUAUCAGAGUGACUGGAAAGAAUACUGAAGGAAAAACUACUGAAGUGACCACUAAAUAAAGAACCCUAUAGUGGACACUAAAACGGAAAACUGUGACCACUAUAGAGUUGGGUUUAGUGGCCAUUUUAAUGUCCUCUAAAAGUGGUCAUUGACGUGCCUUUGUAGUGGCCACUUAAAAUUUUCCCAGAUAGUUGUCGAAGAAAAGCUCUCUCGCAACGACGCGGUUUUACAAAUUUCAAAUUUUAUAUGAAAGAAAUCCCUAGUAAGCACUGUCAGUUAAUUUUGAGGUCCGAUUGGAAGCAACGGAUCCGUCGGACGCCGUGGAAUGGAUGGAAACCGAGAAAAAGGAGUCAGAGGCCCGAGAGGAGCUCCAGGGAAUAUUGGAGCCGUCGGACCCAAAGGAACUGUCGGAGCUUGUGGCGCGCCUGGAUCCGAUGGUGUUAGGUUAGUCAAAAAACUACAAAAUAAAAUAUUGUCGUUUUCCAAAAGAAGCAUAAUUUUUGGUGGGCUGUAUGAAUUUAGAAGGUCAAUUUUGAUUGAUAAAUUACAGUUCGGUAUCAAACUACAUAUUUUUUGACGCGAGGAAAAGUUUCCGAUCAUCUUAUGAGCCAGAAUAAAGCUAUAUUUACUUCUUGAAGUCAGAAAAGUUUUUUUAAGCUGAAAAUUUGCUUAUAAAACUCCAUUCGAACCUGAUAACAUUGAAAAAAAGUAUCGUUUUUUUUUUUUUUUAAAUUUACGCUCGAGUGGAGUAAAUCAAUAAGUUACCUGUUUCAGAGGCCCUCCAGGACCUAAAGGGGAGCGAGGCCGAAUUGGACCUUCCGGAGAGCCUGGAGAUUUCGGAUUCCCUGGACCUAAUGGUCCCGAUGGACUGGUAGGCUCAUAAGGGAUUAUUCGAAAAAUAUAUUUUUCAGUACUGCCCUUGUCCGAAUCGCAACGCCGCCGUGGAGAAAACUGAACAAUACAUUCCUUAUCGGGAUUGA